AUGGAAGGCCUGCGAGUGAGCAAACUCUUCAUUUACGAUCCCGAAAAGCAGCAUCAUCAGGGCGUCUCUCCGCAAGGAACAGUUAUGGAACGAAAACAAGAAAUCGCGAAAACUGAGCCAGAAGAAACCCAUUUCCCCAAAACAGAGCCGGUUUCAGACGAAGAAUCACGAAUUCAAGAAGAUCAGCUGACCCCGAUCGAAGCGUCGGAAAUUAUCCAGUCGCUGAUUGAAAAUCCUGGCGCAAAUUUUGGCGCCACAGCGAAAAAGUUUUCUGUAAGGAAAGUUUUGACCUAG